AGGGGUCCUACCCCAAACCCUCCAGCUCCGUCAGCCCCGGUGGGGUGAUCCCCACUGGGGGAAACGUCACCAUCCGGUGUUGGCAUCAGCUCCUGGACAUGAGGAGCCUCCUCUACAAGGCUGGAGAUGGGAACUAUCUGACUUACACAGACCCUGCUGGCUCUGAGGCUGAAUUUCCCAUCACCAGCGCCAGACGGGAACAUGGGGGCAGCUACACCUGUCGUUAUAGCAACAGAACAGGAGAAGUUGCCUACGCGGAGCCCAGCGACCCUGUGCAGAUCAUUGUAGCAGAGCUCCCUGUGCCUGGACCCUCCAUCUCCGUCAGCCCCAGCAGGGUGAUCGCCCCGGGGGGAGCCGUCACCAUCCGCUGUCAGUGUCGGUGCGAGGCCAGGAGGCUAUUGCUGUAUAAAGGUGGAAUCCGAAUCCGGGAGCUGGAUGCUGCUGGGGACGGGGGUGAAUUCACCAUCCCCAGCGCCAGACGGGAAGACUCAGUGAGCUACAGCUGCCAAUCUCACUCUGGAUCAGAUCCACCCAACUGGUCGGAUCCCAGUGAUUACGUGCGGAUUGUUGUAGCAGAGCUCAGCUACCCCAAACCCUCCAUCUCCCUGCGCCCCAGCGAGGGGGUCACCCUGGGGGGAGCCGUGACCAUCCGGUGUCGGGGUCGGCACCAGAACGUGAGGUUCCUUCUGUACAAAGAUGGAAACCCGAAUCUGCUGCAGGACGUGGAGCCGGCUGGGGACAUGGCUGAGUUUCCCAUUCGCAACGUGAGCCGGAGACGUGGAGGGAACUACCGCUGCUCUUAUCGCUCCAAAUCAGACCGGCCUGUCCAGUCUGAGCCCAGCGACCCCGUGGAGCUGGUGGUAGCAGGUGAGGAGCCCGGCUCAGCAUCCCCGCUCCCAGCCCCGCACCCAGGCAGCCUCUCCGAUGCUCGUUUUAAUCCCACAGCGGGAACCGACCCAGCUGGGUCCCCGCAGCUGUAUCAGCCCCCGACGGAGCUGGGGGGAGAAGCAGCCCCCUCGGGGCACCUGGAUUUCACCCACGCCAACAUCACCCACCUGGCGGUGGGCGCCGUGGUCCUGCUCAUCCUGGGGCUUAUCCUGGCUGAGGCCUAUUACAGCCGCCCGAGGGAGGUGCCCUAG